UUAUUAAAUGGACCUCAAAUAUGGCUUCCCAUGUAACUGGCAACGGAGAGCGGUUAGCUCUCUUUUCUUAAUUACUCUACAAAAAUAGUAUUAAUAGAAAGGACUGUCAUUUUAAAACAUGGGUGUCAUUAGACAGGUGGUGUGCGCCAUGUCUGGCGGCGUUGACAGCUCUGUCGCGGCGUUGUUACUGAAGAGAAGAGGCUAUAGUGUCACAGGGAUUUUUAUGAAGAACUGGGACUCACUGGAUGAAAAAGGGGUGUGCACUACGGAGAAAGACUGUGAGGACGCCUACAGAGUGUGUCAGACCCUGGACAUCCCCUUCCGGCAGGUGUCUUAUGUCAAAGAGUACUGGCAUGAAGUAUUCAGUAACCUGUUGAAGGAAUAUGAGAAGGGCAGGACACCAAACCCAGAUAUACUAUGCAACAAGCACAUCAAAUUCAACCAUUUCCACAAGUAUGCUGUCAACUCUCUGGGUGCUGAUGCCGUGGCAACAGGCCACUAUGCCAGGACGUCACAGGAAGAUGAAGAGGUUUUCCAACAGACGCACAUUGCCCCGCCUACCACUCUCUUCAGAGACCGAUUUGAGAUAAGAAAUCCUGUGAGGUUGUACAAAGGAGCAGAUCUCCUCAAAGACCAAACCUUCUUCCUCAGUCAGAUCUCCCAGGACGCCUUGCGACAAACCAUGUUCCCGCUGGCCGGACUCACCAAAGAGUUUGUAAAAAAGAUUGCUGCUGAGGCAGGGUUUCACCAUGUGCUGAAGAGGAAAGAGAGCAUGGGCAUCUGCUUUAUUGGAGAGAGAAACUUUGAACACUUUAUUUUGGAGUAUCUGGAACCCAAACCAGGGAACUUUGUCUCCAUUGAGGACGGGACUGUCAUGGGAACACACAGAGGCUGGUUCACACUGACGCUGGGCCAGAGGGCGAGGAUAGGCGGGCAGAGAGACGCCUGGUUUGUAGUGGACAAAGACAUCGCUACUGGAGAUGUGUUUGUGGCUCCAACUACCAAUCACCCAGCUCUUUUCCGUGACAUGAUGCGGACCGACCGUUUCCACUGGGUAACAAUGGACCCGCCCCCUGAGCUCGCCAGGACCCAGAUGAUGGAAUGUCAUUUCCGCUUCAUCCAUCAGAUGCCGCUCACUCCCUGUACAGUGACACUGAACAUGGACGGCUCUGUGUGGAUCUCACUUUCCCAGCCAGUCAGAGCUCUGACACCUGGACAGUUUGCUGUGCUCUACAAAGGAGACGAGUGUCUGGGUAGUGGGAAGAUCAUCCAACUGGGGCCCAGUGAAUACACAUUGCAGCAGGGCAGAGAACGGUUGGUAACAGCCGCCCAGCAGAAGGAGCAGCAGACCCCUAAACCAGCCAGCUGAGACGACCUCACAGCCCGGGCAUGGUGGUACAUUAGGUAGAGCACCCUGUUCUUGAAUAUAAACUGUCUCUUCUAGAGAGGGCUUUGUGACUUGGAUGCAUCAACAGUAUUGAUAACACAAGAAAAAAUUUCUGAUGGAUUUCUGUACUGCUUUUAGUAUUUCUUGUGUUUAAAUACGACAAGGUUAUCUGCUAGCUGCUCAGAUUAACCAUCUGCAUCCAAGCCAAAGUGUGUUCUGGAGCGGAGACUAGAUGAUAAUAAGAUGGUUCACUCAGUAACAAUUACAUCAUUUUUAUAAGAAAAAGCUUUUGCCGACUAUUCACUUUUACAGCUAACAUUACUGACUAGAGCUACCUGGACGUAAAUAAUAGAAUUAUUAAAUUAUUAAAUUAUAGUCAGUACAGUAUGUCUGUUUCUGCUUGUAACAUACAUGGGUUGCCAUUUAAUGUUCAUGAUGUCAUUAGAUCUGCUGUUAUUGUUUGCGUUGCGUUGCUAGUUUGACAUAAAUUUAUUUAAGGCAAAACAAAAGACUGUACUAGACCUGGUAUAUGUAUUUAAGUAAACUUCCAUAUAAGAGGUGCUAGAGGAUAAUUGCCAUAAUUGUGGUUACCCUUGGGAGUUGGAGUUCAGAAAACAAAAUUAAACCCACCUUUUAAAAAUGUAUUCAGCUCUAAAUGUUUCUGUAGAUAGAGAGUUUCUGUUUCCAUACAGUACUCAAUUUUGUGACCUGUUGCCUGAAAGAAAGGCUUCUUUUUUCAAAGGACACUGGUAGUCUGACCCUUUUAGUGUUGUUUUAUUUAUUUUUAUAAUAGGAACCCUGUGAGUGUCCCAGGGAAAUGAAGGCAUUGGAGGUUCUGGUGGGAUUUGAGUUUAAGCUCACAGGGUCACAUGUUGUGGACUUAUCUGUGAAUGAAAUGACUUCUCUUGUUUAUUUAGUAUGAUGCAAUUCAAACUUUUCCUAUCAUCUCUAAGGCUGCUCAUGAAUUUCCUUCCUGUCCUUUACCUUGUUUUCACUUGUGUUCAUGUUCACUCCUGCCUCUGUGCCAACUGCAAACAAGAUGGUUUUUCUUUUUGUUUGUUCUUUGAUAAAUUAAAUUAAUACUUUGUUGCUACUGUAGUUCUACUAAAGUACAAUGUGGUCACUGAACAGAACACAAACAAGAGUGCAGUUUUUUGUGAUGUUCUCCUCUAAGAAGAAAUUAUUGUCUAAAAACAUGCCAAGUUAUGAACAAAUGAAACACAAUAUGAUACAAAAACCAGAUAUUUAUUUGUUAUUUAAGCUAUUUUUGUGGGGAUAUUUUUAUCUGUCACAUUUUUUGACCGUUUCUAACCAAAUGUGUCAAUUUUUGUUUUAUAGCGUAAUGCAUAUUGAUUUUUUUAAUAUACAUAUUUUAAUAAUUAGUUGUUUAUAAAUGCCAAACCUAAAUUAGAAGUGCCUUUUCUCUUCAGAUGGCAUUGUUGUAGGUUGUGUUCCUCCUAAACUACAGACUGUAAAUACUUGAACAUUUACGAAUAAGUGAAUAAACCUAAUAAGUGAUGUG